UUUUGUUUAUUUUGAAUUUCAAAUUUUUAUUUAUUCUUUCAUUUAUAUAAACAAGAGGAGUUAUAUUAAAUUGAAAAACAGUGUUUAUUGUGAAGCAUUAUUAUUAUUAUUAUUACUAUAAUUACAAAUAUAACAAUUUCCUCGAUUGGUGAUGCAUUUCAAAUUAAAUAGCAAUGUUAUGUGCAUAUUAUUUAUUCACUUUCUUUUGACAAAGUGUAUUCAAGUUGAAAAGAACAUGUCACCCGUUAUAUUUAUUCCAGGUGAUGGAGGUAGCCAGGUUGAAGCAAAAUUGAAUAAGCCAUCAGUAGUUCAUUACAUUUGUGAAAAAACGUCAUCUGAUUUUUUCAAUAUUUGGUUAAAUUUAGAAUUAUUAGUUCCAGUUGUUAUCGAUUGUUGGAUGCGUGUUGUAAAUAUGAUGUGGAACGUGUAUUUUUCAAGUAUAGGAAACUGUCAACAGCAAUGGUUUUCUUUCUUUUCUAUUUCGACCAUAUUUCAGUAGAUUUGGCCCAUGAUGUUGUCCAUAGUUCCACGCGGAUUGAUAAUAUGAAAUUAAAUUAUGAUAACACAACACGAAAAACAAAAAAUCAAGAAGGAGUAGAUAUAAGAAUUCCAGGAUGGGGUGACCCUUUUAGUGUUGAAUAUUUGGACCCUAGCAAAGCAUUUCCUGGUAGUUAUUUUAAAGAUAUUGGAAAUAUGCUAGUAAAUGAGUUGGGAUAUGUACGCAAUUUGUCUCUUCGGGGUGCGCCAUAUGACUUCAGAAAAGGACCAAAUGAAAGUGAAGAAUUUUUUGUAAAAUUAAAAUUACUUAUUGAAGAAACAUACACAAUAAAUAGUAAUGCACCAGUAACUUUAAUAGCUCAUAGUAUGGGAGCUCCUAUGUCUUUAAUAUUUUUACAGCGUCAAACUAAGAAAUGGAAGGAUAAAUAUUUGAGUUCUUUAAUCACUUUAGCAGGAGUCUGGGGAGGCUCCGUCAAGGCAUUAAAAGUUUUUGCAGUUGGUGAUGACUUGGGAGCUUAUGUUUUACGAGAAAGUGUUAUGAGAAAUGAACAAAUUACAAGUCCAAGUUUAGGAUGGCUUUUACCUUCAACAUUAUUCUGGAAAAAUUCUGAAAUUUUGGUGCAAACAGAUCAAAAAAAUUACACUCUACUUAACCUGAAGGAAUUCUUCAUAGAUAUAAAUGUUCCAAAUGGAUGGGAAUUCCGGAUAGAUAACGAAAAAUAUCAAAAAUACUUUGAAGCUCCAGAAGUGAAAUUGCAUUGCUUACAUGGUGUCAAAGUGGGGACAGUUGAAAGGUUAUACUAUAAACCUGGUACGUCAAUUGACGGAUAUCCUGAACUUAUCAAUGGUGAUGGAGACGGUACGGUUAAUUUGAGGAGUUUAAAUGCUUGUCUUCUUUGGCAAAAGAAACAAAUUCAAAAAAUAUAUCACAAAGAAUUUGUUGGAGUAAAUCAUAUGGAUAUUUUGAAACAUAUUGAUGUUUUAAACUACAUAAAAAGCAUACUACAACAAUAGUCAUUUUAUUCACCUAUUGAAAAAAAAUAAUCUUUCAUAUAAAUAUAUAAAUAAUUUUAAAAUAA